CUUGUAGCUAAUUUCGCAUGGUUUUAAGAUGUUUUCGUUCGACGCCAUUUUGUCGAUAAAGAAUUAUAUCAGUGAUAUAGGUGUUUUUAUAGAAUAAUUCUGAUUAUUUUGCAUCUAAUUGAAGUAUUAAUUAAACAUUUUUUUUAUAAGAGGGUGAUUUUAACACGUGCACAAUCUACUUUUAUAAAUUUUUGGGUUGUUAAACUAAGUGUGGUGUGUUAAGUUAGUUAACAAAAACAAGGUGGUCAUAAAAUCGUUUCAAACUAAAUUAAAAAGGAACAAUUUGUAAACAAUUAAUUUUGAAUUUUGAACAAUGAACAAGGGAAAACACUAUUCAUUAAUAAAUUACCGAUUUAGCACUAAAAAAAGUUUAUAAAAACUAGUGCAUUUUAACAUUUUAAAGUUGACAAUUUAAAACGACCAACUUCGCUCCAUUAAAUGUAACUGACCUACCACAGCAUCUAUAAACAUGUCCGUUUCGAUAGUUUUCAUCUUAAUUUUAAAUAUAUCAUGGUCCCUUAGUAACCCUAAAGCCACGAAUUACGUCCAACCACUAACCACAACCCAAUGUGAAGAAUACCAAAAAGAAUGUGUGGAAAAUUGCUCCACAACUGAAAAUUGUACCGCUCCAGAAGAUGGGAAAAGAAAUCACUGUUAUGUGUUAUGGGAAAUGAAUGCUAAUAAUACUCCGAAUGUACAUAUGAAAGGAUGUUUUUUAAAUAAUGAGCAAUGUUUCGAUCAGGAAAGAUGUGUUUCAAAAGAACAUUCAAAAAUGUUGUAUUGUUGUUGUGAAGGGGAUUAUUGUAAUAAGGAGUUCUUUUGGGAGCCUUCUCCAACAACAACAACACCAGUCGCAGUACUCGAAACACAAAAACCGGAACCUUCGAACAUAAUUUUAAUAGCAAUUGUGAUUACUACCGUUUUAUUAUUCAUUAUUUGUGGUACAACCUUUUAUGUUUAUUAUUAUAAACGUAAUCGCCGUUCAUUUAACGAGUGGAGAGUUCCGAGUGAAGAUCCUGGCAUAUUUCCUUCCGAUACAAGUUAUCAAGGUCUUUUACCCGUGCAAUUGGUUGAAAUCAAAGCGAGGGGUCGAUUUGGCGCCGUUUGGAAAGGUAAAAAUAAAUCGGACGAAGUUGCUGUUAAGAUAUUUCCUGCUCAGGAUAAACAGUCAUGGUCUACAGAACAGGAAAUUUUUAAACUUGCCCAAAUGGAUCAUUCAAACAUUUUACACUUUAUUGCAGCUGAAAAAAGGGGUUCUGAUCAUAUGCAAGUCGAGUUUUGGUUAAUAACUGCUUAUCACGAAAGAGGCUCCCUUUGUGAUUUCUUAAAAGCGCAUACACUAACAUGGACAGAACUUUGUCGUGUCGUUGAAACAAUGGCAAGAGGUUUAAUGCAUUUACACGAAGAACUUCCCUCCAAAGGACCCCAUAAAGGAAAGCCAUCGGUAGCUCAUCGCGACUUUAAAAGCAAAAAUGUUCUUCUCAAAAACGAUCUGACCGCUUGUAUAGCGGACUUUGGUUUGGCUCUUGUUUUUGAAUCGGGAAAAUCGUGUGGGGAUACUCACGGUCAAGUGGGAACCCGACGUUAUAUGGCACCGGAAGUGCUCGAAGGGGCUAUAAGUUUCACACCGGAUGCGUUUUUAAGAAUUGAUAUGUAUGCAUGCGGUUUGGUUUUAUGGGAAUUAGUAUCUAGGUGCACUGCUCAAGAUGCCCCCGUAGCUGAAUAUCGAUUACCAUUUGAAGAGGAAGUUGGGCAACAUCCUACGUUGGAGGACAUGCAAGAAAGCGUUGUUCAAAGAAAAGUUCGACCUGUUAUUAAGAAUACUUGGAGAAAUCAUAAUGUAAGAGAGUUUUUUUUUAAAUCGAUGAGAAAUCACUCAAGUAAGCCGUUACAAAUAAAGAAAAAGUGUAAAACUCCGAAAAAUCACUUUAAAGUUUUGACGUUACGUCACUUUUUGUGACGUCAUCGACCAUGCUAACCAUAUACAUUUUUUUACAUGUAUUUUUGCAGCACAUUUGGUUAAAGCGCAUAUAUUCGGGAGAAAUACGGUUGUUUCUUAGGUUUUUGACUUAGGUUGAAUACAAUUAAAACUAAAAUUAAAUUGGAAUAACCUAAACGUUUGACAUUUGAGUUGAUUUGCAGUGCUACCAAAUCAUUUUAUUUUUUUAAUUUCCCAUCAGUUCGAUAUUUAAUAUUUAAUUAAA